AGUUAAAUAAUGAGUGAAAGAUUGGUUUCUCUACUAGUUCUCAGUUCUUUUGUAAUCCUGACCCAGAGUGAGACGAAAACCAUGUCUGACAUUCAAGGAGAACUUAUGCUCAAAGAUACUCAGUGGUUUGUUCCCGGAUCCUACGGGGGAGAAGGAGGAGUGUACUUUACAGACUGGUGGAGCAGUCCGGAUAAUUCAAGAUACUUUCCAACCCGUCCUCCUCAACAGAUAAAUAUCCGAGCUGGAGGACGAAUAGACGGAAUACAGAUUCUAUAUGGGGGUCACAAGGGCGCAUAUCAUGGUGGCCAGGGUGGAAACCUUCAUAGAAUUCGACUUUACGACGGAGAUUCUAUAAUUGCAGUGACAGGUCGAGCAGGGCUGGGACCAGGAUCAGGGGUGGAUCAACUAACUUUUCAUACAAAAAAUAAUAAAACGUUUGGUCCGUUUGGAGGAACGGGUGGGAUGCCUUUUCGAUCAGUACCUCCGAGACCUUCCUGCUAUCUGGGAUAUAUCUCAGGAAAGUCUGAUCUCAGAUUAGAUAAAAUUGUUUUUCAUUGGCGAUGUCCUGCUAAGAAGGAAGAGGAAAAGGAGUUUACUGGAAUUGCCGUGUAUGAUAAUUCUGAAACCUCAAGUUCUGCUUCAAAUCUGUCGUCUUUGUUCAUUCUGAUCUCAACAGUUAUAUUUCAACUCUCGUUAACUCAGACUACAUUUAAUACAUUAUGACAAGAACAAACCAUUUUAAUAUAAAAUAAGGCAGGAAGAUUUUGACCCAAAACUAAAUGACAUUUAGGUGAUAAGUCCAAGCGAAAUAGUGCAUCACG